AUAGUCCGAAUAUUUUGUAAAUGUUUAACCAAAAGCUUUAGUUAUACUUUAAAGAUAAAGCAGAUGGAAGUCUGGCAACGCGGCGCGCGCAGUGCUUUAAAUGUAAAGGUAUAAGAGGUACAUACGGAAUGUCAAAAAAGCAAAUGGCGUAGUCUGUUUAUAUUUAGUUUCGCUCGGACGUUGUGUGUUAUUAAUAAUUCAUUAAGAACAUAUAAUUGGGAGGAGAGUGUGAGCGACCGAAACAUCACACAUAUGCAUUCAUGCUCACUGCUGAAGCGAUUCAUUCCCAAGUAGAGAUCGUGCGAUACAGGCUCUCAUUGUUUCUGGCUCUCUCUUUGUCUAAUUUAUGUACAUCAUUGUUCAUGCAAUGCAUCUAUAAUGAAGAAUUUCAAAAGUGUCUCUGUGCAAGUGAUAGACAGCGACAUUGCCCUGCUGCUGCCCAACGGCGUUUAUGAAAUCAAGCAGAUGGAACCCAGGUCCCGACUCAAGUCCAUCCUGAUUAUAUGUGGGGCCAUGGCCCUCUUCGGGAUCUUUGGUUUUGGAUACUUCUGCCCAGACAAAGUCUGUGCAUUGAGCAACAGGGAUGCAGUCCGAUUCGAUUCGUCACAAGUCACUGCAGUCAAUGAUGGCAUGGGUAAACCACUAUCAGCCACGAACAGCAAGACUGGCUUGAGUUACGACGACAUGCUUAACGAUGAUUUUGCCUUCGAUAUGGAUUCGCACGAUGUCAUGGUCUUUCUGCAUAUGCAAAAAACAGGUGGAACUUCGUUCGGAAAACACCUGGUGCACGAUUUGGAUUUACAGAGGCCAUGCACGUGUCCGAUAACUCCGAAAAGAUGUUACUGUUUCCGGCCACAUUCCAAUCAAAGCUGGCUGUUCAGUAGGUAUACUACAGGUUGGAAGUGUGGCUUGCAUGCGGAUUGGACGGAGCUCACGAAUUGUGUGGAUGCUAAAUUGGACGAGUUGGAAGGUCACAUUGCCAAAAGACGAUAUUUUUACAUAACGUUAUUGAGACAGCCGUUAGCUAGAUAUCUGUCCGAGUUUCGACAUGUGCAACGAGGAGCCACAUGGAAGGGAAGCCGGCAUUUUUGCCACAACAGAGCGGCAACGGAAGUUGAAUUACCUGCAUGUUAUAAAAGUGAGUCUUGGGACAAUGUGGAGCUGGACGAUUUUAUGAAUUGCGAUUCGAACCUGGCCAUAAAUCGCCAGACCAGGAUGCUUGCUGAUUUAGAGCUAGUAGGUUGCUAUAACAAGGAUUACAUGCCGGAGGCGGAUAGAAACCGUGUGAUGUUGGCCAGUGCCAAAAAGAAUCUUCAAUCGAUGGCUUUCUUCGGAUUGACCGAAUACCAAAAGAUCUCUCAAUACAUAUUCGAAGAGACAUUCAAUUUGCGAUUUGCUAUACCCUUCGAACAAAAUAACGCUACUGUUUCCAGUCACACAAUGCCCACACUGAGUGCAGAACAGGCCACCAAAAUAGCGCAUCUUAACGACUUGGACAAUGAGCUAUAUCAAUUCGCGAAGCAAUUGCUUUUCGAGCGUUUCCACCGAUUGAAAGCGCGAGAUUCAAAAUUCGAGCAGAGGUUUAGCCACUUGGGUGAGAUUCCCGGAAAGUUCGGCGUCACGGAAUUCGACUGGGAUAAGCUAGACGACGAUAUUACCUCGAAUCCAGUCUGACACAGUAUGUAAGACGCCCAUUCACGCGAAAAGACACUGGUUGCUUAAGUUCAACAUUCAAAGAAAAGAUAUAUUUUUCUAUAUGAAUUAUUUGAAGUAACGUUGGCUCAAUUUUCGUUUCACAUGUUAAAUGGCCAUGAUGAUAUAAUUUUUACUUGUACAUAUUAGUCAUUUUUAAGAAGAGAUUUUUAUUUGGUAACUUAUUUAUUUAGUCUGUUUAAGAUAAUUAUAUAUUUUAAUGUGAUUGCACGUGGAUCCAACUACUGAAUUGUUGCAAAUGAAACGCGAGAAUUGAUUAUUGUACACUCAUUACUAAACUAUCAUUUUGCGUUGGACUUUAUUAAUUACGGUCAAACUCACUUCUACCGAGUUUGACCGAUUUUUGUUUUAUUAUGGACAUAUCGAACAACAAAGCUAUCAUUAUUAUCUUUUACUAUGUAAAGGGAGAUCUUAUAUGCGUUAAUAUACCAAAGAAAAAUUUUAGUUUUAAGACGAAUAAUAUUUAGAAACUUUUAGAUUUGUUUCUAAGUUUUAGACAAAAAAGUUUUUGUAUUAUUCUGCACUAGGCGGUGAUAAAGAGUGAUUUCAAUGCUUUGAGGAAUUGUUUAAUUUUACUUCAAAACAAUAUAACUGUGAUAUCUAGGGUUAUAUAGUAUAUAUAUAUAUAACGUUUUUUUGAUAAAUGUUUGUUUCUAAUAGUUCUCACCGCCCUAGAUUGAUUCAUUUUAUGUUCAAUUAAAAAACUUUUCAUAUUAUUAAUAUCUCGAAGUAUUUGAAACUUCUUCAUUAUCACGUGUCUAGAAAAAUUAAUCAGUAUAUGUAUAUGCAUUUUAUAGCACAUGUGUACUGUACCAAUCGACAUUGGCUGUACAGUUCCUGUGUAAUUCCACUGAUUGGCUUAAAACAUAUUUUACAAUAUUACUAUAAACUUGUUAAACUUGUAUCAAACACUUGUAUACCACAAGGCCAAAUAUUAAGCGGCCUAUAAUAUAUUGUUAUUGCAUUAUAUCUAAAAGAGAGAAAAAAAAUCAAGAUUAUAUUUUAAUGAACGAUAAUAAUACGUAAUUAUUAAAUAGUAACACCAAUAAUAAAUAUAUUGUAUUCACUACUUGUUUAGAUUAACAAUGAUCUGAGAUGAAAAUCUGAUAGGUCUUCCUGCUUUGGAUUUUUUUUAAACAGAAUAACACGACUGAAUUUUACUUCCGCUUCUGCAUUUCAUUUCUGUCGAGCAUUACCGACGUUGAGUAAUUUAAUCCUACUUUGUGUUCUAACUUUAGAUUCUCAUUUAAAUAUGUUGUAUAUUGUUAAAGUGAAACCAUGUUCUACAAAUGCUCAUAAGCACGGAAUAAUUUAUUUUUGAAUCUACAAAGCAAACGUUUAUUGAUUUCUGAUUCUACACUGAUGGCACAAAGCGAUUUGCAUUGUAUUGGUGAAUUUAAAUAGAUAUGUCUUGCAUUUACGCAAAUGCAAGGAAUACGAAUCAACUCAACCAACUUUUAUAAAACAAAUGCAUUUCGGAUUCGAAAUAUUUUAAACGAACAAUUGAUAUCGCACAGGGUUUAUUAAUUAUUGAAUAUUUUUGAAGUGGGUUAAAAGAACUAGUAUUUGUUAAUAUAAUUAUAUGAUUUUUCGUUUUCUUUGUACUAAAUUUUACUGACGUUUGGUUUUAGUUUUAAUUUAUAUUUGUUCUUGAUUAACGAUCGAGGUACUUAUAACAAUCAUAUAAGAUAGUUGUAUAACAUAAUGUAACAACUGCCAUAUCACAUAAUUGUUGUUGAAUUGAAACCGAGUUGAUUUUAAUUAAUUUGUAACUAUUGCAACGAAAGGAUGUUGGGGUAAAAGAGGCACAAGAGAUUAUUACAAAAAAAAA